AUGGCUAAAACUGUCACAAAACUGAGACUUCAGCCCUCUACGGAUCAAGAAAUGUUGGAAACGAUCCAGAAUAAGGAAGGCAUUCAUUGCAAACAAAUCACAUGGACCCCUCUUCCGACAGCAACCCGAAUAGAUCCUCCAGGAGACUGUGUGGCAAUCGUCGUGAAUGUUGGUGGCAACCAAGGCGCGGUGCAUAUAUUCGAGAAGAAUGACGACUCGUAUGUUGACACGGUUGGAACAGAGGAGACUGGUUACGUUGUUGUGGUGCCUUGGGGGGAUGGCUGGUGGUUCAGAGUUUCUGGUUCUCUUCAAGUUGGCUACGCCAUCGGAGGACCACGCUCGUAA